AUGGUCUGGGGUCGCCAGCCAAAAGAGUCGAAUGGCCCUCCCCCGCCUGAUGCAGACCAGCCCAUUCCGCGGGAGAAGCUCCCCACAAAACUGCAGCAGUUAGUGGACAAGGACGAUGACUUUUAUGAUGAUAUCUACUCCUCAUACUCCGUCGACUCUACCGACACCCCAUUCCGCUACGCCGCAUACGCCCAGCGCAUCCGCACAAUCCUCCUCUCAGCCCACCGCUACGUCGCCUACACCUCAGACAUUGGCGAAUCCUUCCGCCCCGUCGCACACCCCUACCUCAUCCGUUCCGCCUACGGCAUCUCCUGGGCCUACCUGCUCGGCGACGUCGGCCACGAAGGGUACAAAGCAUACCUGCGCAAUCGGCACGCACUGGCUCCGCCCGGCGACGCGCACAAAGAUGCCAGCGCUAUCACGUCGGAGCAGAUCAUCCGCGGCAUGGCGACGGGGAAUAUCAGCAUGCCUUUGACGAAGGAGGGGAGGAGCAAGGAGAAGGAUUCGUUGACGCCGUGGCCGACGACGGAGAUUUCGCUGGCGGAGGAUUAUCGCAUGGUUAUGGUCAAGCGGGCGGUUUUCCAGAGUAUUGCUAGUAUGGGGUUGCCUGCUUUUACGAUUCAUAGUGUGGUCAAGUAUUCGGGUCGGGCGGUUAAGGGUGUGAAGAAUUCGCUUGUGCGGACCUGGUUGCCUAUCGGGCUCGGUCUCUCUGUCGUACCGUUCCUCCCGUACCUCUUCGACCACCCCGUUGAAGAAGCCGUGGACUGGGCCUUCGGUACCGCCCUCCGCAUCUACGGCGGCGAAGACGCCGUCCGUCCCCUGCCCAACCAUGCCCUCCUCUCCAAGCCCGAGGAAACUGGCAGCGUGAGCGCAGCCGCACAACUCUCGUGGGAGGCGUACAAGAACGAGCGGGAAAAGGCUCGUGAGCUCCGUCGGGAGCAGAGCGAUGGCAAGUCGCUGUCUAGUUGGUUUGGAGGCUGGACCGCUGAAUCUGAGAAGCCAAAGAAGGAGUAG